AUGAAACCAAUUUACUUGAUAGCCCUGUCCUUACCGUUCAUCUCGGGCCUCAUGCAAGACCAUCGAAAAACUACCCCGAGAGCGACAACGCCUCGAAAGGACCCCGCCGUGCAUACACUGAACAUGGACCAGAAUAUUCUCGGAGCUGAUGACAACCGUGCGUCAUUCUCCUUUUCCUCCGACGGUCUCACAGAACACGUCCACCUAACCCCGCUACUUCAGGUUGCUAUACAUGCUCGUCGCCCUGUUCGCGAGCGGUCUGCUGCCAUGGAGACUAUCCGCAGUGUUGCUCUGACGGGGUGUAUUGUUAUUGUUGCGCGGAUUGAACUUAAUGUUUUGUUUGAUUCUGGUGGGUGA